AUGCCUCCAUCAAUCGCACAUCUGGCUAAGGAGCCCGAGACUGACCUUACCUCAACUGAGGCCAAGAUCGAGUCUAACAUCAAGGAAAUCGCGUACCUCAAGAAUGAGCAGCGCAACUUCGCUCAACGCCUAGAUACACUGCAAGAAUCCCAUCAGGAGCUGCUGAAGAAGCUCAAUGCAAUCAAGACCGAGAAUUACAUUCAAGAGAUCAAUGGCUUGAAAGCCGAGAAGCAACUGCUCCAGCCAGACUCUGGUAUCUUCAGUGGAGAGGACGCACCAGACACCACGCCUACACCCAGCCGCAAGACUUUCCUACUUUCGAGCGCCAAGAUCAAGCGCAAGGUUGUCGUCGACGAUGACCCCGGAAGGUCCACACGCCGUAUCAAGACUGAAAGCGCCUCCAACUCCGACCAGGGUCACAAGCAUAUUCCAACCAUCGAUCAAUCCCGCGUUGCAGAUGCUGUAUCCGAGCGCCAACAUGUCGAACAGAUUGCUGAGGACGAAGACAAAGCAACCUCUGAGGCAUGGGAAAGGGAUGGCGGACGGCUGCGCGAGCAAUGGAAGAAGCAACUUAAGGAGUUCAACAAGAAGAACCCAGAGUGGCCCAAUAACAUUCAGACAUCUGGCUGCGUUCGUUCCGCCCUUUGGAACCAGAGCAAGUGCUACCUCACUACCGAAGACGAGGGUAGUUAUGCCUGCAAAACCUGUUGGAACACCGGUCACUUCUGUAUCGCCUGGGACAAGACCAGUGGAGACUUCUGGCUGCGUCCACAACUGCCUGCUGCAAGAGCUAAGGGCAAGAGCAACAUCGGUCCCUUCGACUUGGAGAUGUUCCACUCCAUGAAGACCACCCCGAGUCGUACUGACCUGCCAGCCUACUGGAAGAAAGAGUUUACCUCUUGA